AUGAAUGUUUGUGUGCGUUUGUGUUUCAUGUUCGUUUUGAUUCCCAAAGUAUCCCGAAAACAAGAGUUGAAAAAUGAUUUUACGACUCUUUGCGGUACUUUGUCGACCCCUUCGCCUAUUUGUCGUUUAUCAAUGUUUCGAGAUAAAAGAAGUGGAAAAUUUCAAAUGAAGCAUAUCGAAGUGGAGUUUUAA